AUGUCUUGUUCAUACGACAGGGACGAUCUUUUUGGGCCUCAGUAUUGCCGUGCUUUCGACUUGACGCUGCUCUUUGAACAGUCUUUUCUUCAGAUCGCACCAUGCGCUGUUCUACUCCUCUACCUGCCAGGUCGUUUGAUACGACUGAAGCGGCAGAGUGUCAAGAUUCUGAAGGCCAAAACACGUAUUGCGAAAACUCUUGCCCUUCUGGCGCUCAUAGGGACUCAGAUCGCUCUUGUCGUGGCGUGGGCGCUCGUUGGUAGCCUGCGAACGAGAGCCUCAAUUCCAUCCGCUAUCCUCUCGUUGCUCGCAUCAAUGGCUUUGCUGUACCUGUCAAACCUCGAACAUCUACGCUCUACAAGACCAAGCUCUACUAUCAAUGCUUUCGUGUUCACCACGAUUGUACUUGACGUCCCCCAAUGUAGAAGCUUGUGGCUCCGGUAUUCUCCUGGUGCCCUGCCAGUAAUUUUCACCAUGAGCAUGAUAGCGAAAACCGUUGUUCUAUAUCUCGAAGCACGUAGCAAGAAAUCUAUCCUGCUGAUCCCCUAUCGACUAUAUGGCCCAGAAGUUUUGGUCAAUCUUUACGACCGGACUCUUCUCUGGUGGCUCAAUCCACUGUUCAUCCGGGGCUACAAGGGGUUGAUCACAUACACGGAACUAUUUACUAUCGACCCAGAUCUGGCUUCAGAAAGAAACGAGAGAGCUUUCUUAGAUCGAUGGGUAGCAGGAACUCCAUCCAAAUGGCCUCUUCUGCGCGCGAUGUCAAGAAUGUUCACAUCUUUGCUCAUCGCCAUAGGCGUCUCCAGAUUGGGAUUAAGCGCGCUGAAGCUCUCGCAACCCCUUCUCACUCGCAAGGUCACCUUGUGGCUCAGCGAAGAACAUGUGGACACAUCUGCAGGUAGAGGUCUUAUCGGCGCAACAGUGCUACUCUACGUCAGUUUGGCACUAGUCAAUGUCACGUCUAAACGUUUACUUGAUCGUCUAACGACCCAAGUUCGAGGCGUACUGAUAUCGGUAAUGCAUUCCAAAAGUCUCGCAAUCUCUACAGAGCAUGCAGCAGAUGGUGCUGUUCUUAGUUUGAUGACCAAUGAUACAGAUCGGAUCUGCUCAGCUAUUCCAGUGAUUGCGGGAUUAUUUGCGGCCCCUUUCGAGAUAGGUGUUGCAGUGUUUCUUCUUGAGAGGCAAAUUGGUGUGUCUUGUUUAGCUCCAGUCUUGCUGACUGUUGCUAUUAGCGUCGCGGGCUUCGCCAACUCUAAGAGAGCCUUUCCCUUUCAGAAAAAAUGGCUUGCGGCUGUGCAACAGCGAGUGUCAUAUACUGCAUCUGUUCUCAAUUUCCCGAAAGGCAGUAAGAUGCUUGGUCUAACCGAAAUUCUUCGAGAACGUAUCCAGGAUCUCCGAAUCUCCGAAUUAGCUGCUUCCGCCGCUUAUAGAAAGUUUGUUGCCAUACGCAAUGCUUUAGGAUUUCUUCCGGAUGACUUGGCGCCUGCGGUGGCCCUCUCUGCCUACAGCCUUAUCAGCGGAAGACAGCUUGAUGGAUCCGUGGCAUUUACCGCAUUAUCGCUUGUCGAGAUUCUUUGCACUCCGAUCCACGAUUCCAUCGUUGCAAUGCCAGAGGUUUUGAAUUGUCUGGCAAGUGGUGAGCGAAUAGAAGAGUUCUUACUUCGUGGAGAAACCUUUGCUAGUGCGGAGAAGCACCAGAAGACACCGAGUUGCGCUGCUCAAAAUGAACCAGAACCCAUUGAGCUGUCUGUUCCUCCAAAAUCGAUCCAUGACGGGAGCCCGGUGGUCGAAUUUCGGAAUGUCUCUGUCCAUAAAGGAAGCCGCUCGAAGACAAUUCUGGAUUCAGUCUCGUUCUCUAUACCUCCGGCUGCGCUGACAUGCAUUGUGGGUCCCGUCGGUAGUGGUAAAUCAACAUUACUCCACGCCGUCAUCAAUGAGCUGAAGUGCAGUAGUGGUGAGCGCAUACUGUCCAAUCUCUCGCAAGACUUUGGGUACUGUGCGCAGGAUCCGUGGCUGCCCAGUGGGACUAUCCAGCGCUUGAUCAUCGGCCCCUCUUCACUCGACGAGCCUUGGUACACCGCUGUUGUGAAUGCAUCUGCUCUGGACAUCGACUUUGCUUCUUUCCCACAAGGUGACCAGACUGUCAUUGGCAGCAAAGGACUAUCUUUGAGCGGUGGACAAAAGCAGAAGGUGGCUCUAGCUCGGGCGUUGUACUCACGUCAGAACUUUCUCGUCUUCGACGACAUUCUCGCAGGAUUAGAUGCAAUAUCCACCAACACCAUCACGUCCAGUCUCAAAUCAACCUGCAGAAUGUACAACACAACAAUAGUGAUCGCCACCCACGCCACUCAGCACUUGCAUCUAGCGGACCAUAUUAUUGUGAUGGGAGAUGGUGGCAGAAUCACCCAGCAAGGAUCCUUGUCGAUGCUCCGAACUCAUGAUGCGGGUUUCCAUACCGUAGAGCAUCAUACAGAGGCACGUCAUCGACCCGAUCAUGAAGAUCGAGAUGCACGGGCAAAUCAGAAUCUGUCUACCGACUUUGAGAUCAACAGCGAUCUGCAAGAGGAUCUCGCACGUCAAACUGGCGACACAGCGGUUUACAAAUAUUAUGCUGCAUCAAUUGGCUGGAAGCUGAUAUCAAUCAUGAUCUUGACAGCUAUGUGCUUCGCCUUUGGCAAGACGUUUCCUCAGGUUUGGGUGCUUUGGUGGGUGGGAGAUGGAGACUUGAGCGACCGGAAUCGGCCCAUCAGUGUAUGGAUUGGAGUAUAUGUCUUUGUCGGUACAAUCGCAAGUUUAUCGAACCUUGCACUUCUCUGGAAUUUUCUAGUCUGGAUCGUUCCAAAAUCUUCCGCACAGCUACAUCGACAAAUUCUGAACAGCGUCAUGGAUGCUUCGUUUCCAUUCCUUGUUAGCACAGAUGCUGGAACAAUUCUCAACCGAUUCGCUACCGAUAUGUCACUCAUUGAAUCACAACUUGCAGGAGGGAUGGUGAACACUGUUCUAGGGUCAGGUGCCUGUAUUGGCUCAGCAGCUCUUAUCGCUGCUGGCUCGGACUAUGUUGGGAUUGCCAUACCAUUUGUCGUUGGCAUUCUUUACCUACUCCAAAAGUUCUACUUGCGUACUUCGCGCCAACUUCGCUUUAUGGAGCUCGAAGCGCAGGGUCCAUUGCUCUCCCAUGCUCUCGAAACUCUUGAAGGCGCAUCAACAAUCAGAGCUUUUGGGUGGGAACAUUAUUCACAUCAAAGAUGCCUGGAACUAUUGGAUAAGUCACAGCGACCGUUCUACCUUCUGCUCUGUAUACAGAGGUGGUUAAAUUUAGUGCUUGAUCUGGUCACCGCGGCUAUUGCAACGGUGGUAGUUACUUUUGCUAUCGUAUUGAACGGUAAUGCGAGUCCAGGCUCUGUCGGAUUGUCGCUCUUGAACGUUCUCAGUUUCAAUUCAUUACUCGCAAAUUUAGUCACCUCUUGGACGCUCCUCGAGACUUCUCUUGGAGCUGUGGCUCGUUGUCGAAGUUUCGAAACAAGCACACCGUCGGAGCAUCGAGCUGCGGAAGUCGAAGAGGUGACAGACACCUGGCCAUCAACGGGAGACAUAUAUUUCUCACAGAUCACUGCCGCGUAUUCCGAGACGGGUCCAGCGACAUUGUCCGAUAUUACACUUCACAUACGACCGGGUACAAAAGUGGGGAUAUGUGGUCGUAGCGGGAGUGGAAAAACUUCGUUACUUCUUACCCUUUUUCACAUGAUAGAGAUGACAGCGGGUAACCUCUUCGUUGAUGGUGUUGACUUGGCAAGUCUCCCGCGAGCUGUCUCUCGACGCCGGUUUACUGCUGUUCCCCAGGAGACGCUUUUAUUACCUGGUACAGUACUCGCCAACCUCGACCCCGAGAACUCACACACCCCUGAUGUCCUCAGAUCGGUCCUGGUGAAGACUGGACUCCUUGAUCUUGUCAAUACGCAAGGAGGCCUCGAAGCAGAUAUGAAAGAGCUCGGGUUGUCGCAAGGCGAGCUACAAUCUUUUGCUGUUGCUCGUGCCCUGCUGCGACCUAGUCGAUUACUCGUGCUCGACGAGAUGACUAGCGGAGUCGACGAGUCCACAGAAUCUCGCUUGCUUACAUGCAUAUUAGCAGAAUUCAGGAAUAGUACAGUGAUUGCAGUCGCGCACCGUCUGCGGACGUUGUUGGAUUUUGACUUCAUAGUGGUCAUGGAUGCAGGUCGUAUAGUGGAACAAGGACAUCCCCAAGAACUGCUUCGGAAAGAAAAUGGGUGGUUUUCGAGAUUGUGGGAGAGCAAUGGCUAG